GGGAGCGGAGGCGGAGCGUCCCUGGGGUUUUUGCCGAUUUCCCCACCCGCUCCCCUUGCAGCCCUACUAGGAGGCCGGCAGGGGGAGCGAGCCCUGUUUAAAGGGAUGCCCGGGGCCUCGGAAAAGGGCCUAGGAAAAUCUGCUGCUGCUUUUCCUCUUCCAAAAUCCGAGGUCCAAAACUCUGGGCUGCUGGGAUUGCCGCUCCUUGGGGGAGAGAGGGGGGAUGGGAGGACGGAAGCGAGAAAAUCGGGAUUUGGGUCUUAAUUGGGAGUGGUGCAUUCGAGGUAGAGGGAGGCGUUGAGAAAAGAUUCCCCAGCCCCGCAGGAGUGGCCCGAGCCCGUGACGGCGGCGUCUAGGGUGGGGAUGGGCUCCCCACAGUUGGUGAUGCGGCGGCUUUAGUGCCGCGAGUUUCCCACAAUGCAGUGCGGUGCGCUGUCCCCGGUGCUGAUGCUGAGUGCAGCCCCUGAGCCACCGCCUCGUCCGCCGCCCUCCCGCUCCCCACCGGGCCCGGGCCCCCGCCAUGGCGCGGGCCCGGAGGCCUCGGGAGGCUCAGGCGGAGGAGCCCUGGAAAGCAGCCUGCGGGCCGCCGUGGCGUUCAAGGCCGAGGGCCAGCGCUGUUACCGAGAGAAGAAGUUCCGCGAGGCUAUUGGCAAGUACCACCGGGCGCUGCUGCAGCUGAAAGCGGCUCAGGGAGCCCGCCAGCCCGGCCCGGGCUCCAGCCCCGCGCCCCCGCGGCUCAGUGAGGAGCAGCGGCGCCUCAUGGAGAGCACGGAGGUGGAGUGCUAUGACAGCCUCACUGCGUGUCUGCUGCAGUCGGAGCUGGUGAACUACGAGAGGGUGCGGGAGUAUUGCUUCAAGGUGCUGGAGAAGCAGCGGGACAACUUCAAGGCCACUUACCGGGCAGGUAUCGCCUUCUACCACCUGGGCGACUACAGCCGCGCCCUGCGCUACCUGCAGGAGGCCCGGAGCCGCGAGCCCGCAGACACCAACGUCCUCCGCUACAUCCAGCUGACCCAGCUGCGGAUGAGCCGCUGCAGCCGAGAGCGAGAAGCUGGGGGCGGCGGGGGCCCCGCCCGAGCCCGAGACGUCCUCGGCUGAGCCCCCUCCCCAGGCCCGCCUCGCAUGCAGGCUCCGGACUCCGGCCGGAGGAGAGGGGGGAGGGCGGAGCUGCCCCUGCCUGUGGGCAGCUUUUGUUUAUCCGCCCCUGCAAUGAGGGGGCUGCGCCCGCCGCGGGGGAUUGUGGGGAGGGUCCCAAGAUAAUAAAUGUUCAAAAGUAAA